AUGGCGUCACGAUAUUCGGCAGCGCGGCCGAAGCGCGACGGCGAGAACUUUGCGCGUACCCAUCAUAACGAAGACGGCGGCGAUUCUAAGAGAGUCAAGUUUGACGUUCGAAAUCCCUCCACGCUUGCGCCUGACGCGCGCGAAGAAGAUGCUAUCCUCGAUGCCGAUGUCAUUGGUGUAUCUGGAGCUACGAAGCGUGGAGCUGUCAACCUCGACGGUUAUGAUAGUGAUUCAGAUAACGAAACCUUCAAUGCACGCGCCGAGAACCGCAAGCGAGGCAAAGUCGACAUUCUUGAACAGCUCGACAAUUACGACGCCACCAAUCAUGACCCUUCAGCACCAGGUACUGCGGCUGGUGAUGAUGAUGACGACGACGAUGACGACGAUAUGUUUGCUGCGGACGAUGCUGGUGGGGAAAAGGAGAUCCCCGAGGAGGGAGACUUCGAUAAAAAUGGUCGCAAGAAGGACAAAGUUCGGUUCCUGGAUGCGGAUAAAAUCGAAGGCGUGGAGAACACCAGCAGAGACAAGGGAGGCAUCCGACUCGACGAUGAAAGCAGCGACGACGAGGCAGAUAUAGACCUAGCCAUACAAGAAGAGGGCAUCGAUGAAGAGGUCGGGGCUGGAGGUCUCAAGAAGAACGCCCCCAAAGUCGAAGCAUUCAACCUGAAGCAAGAAAUGGAAGAGGGUCAAUUCGACCAAGAUGGCAACUACGUUCGCAAAGGCGGCGACCCUGACGCCGUACACGACAACUGGUUGGAAGGUCUCAGUAAGAAGGAGAUGAGAAAGGCAGCUGCCGCGCAUGAGAAGCGCGAGGCUGAGGCGCGAAAGCAACGCCUAGAGGACGACGAGAUCCUCGUGUCAGAUUUGCUCAAGACUCUGAUACUCAAUCUCGAGCGCGCUGAGACGCCACUCGAGGCUCUAGCCCGACUCGGCAAAAAGCAAACAAAACCUAAAAGGAUCCCGAAGUGGAAGCUCAAGAAGAUGAACAAGGGUGCUGAAGGCAUGGAGGUUGAUGGCGGUGAGAACAUUGAGGAUGCGGAGCAAAAGAAGAUCAAGGCAUCAAUUGAUGCCAUCACAGAAGCUGCAGAUAAGCUGUUGAGCCGGGAUCAUGAGGAGAUUUACGAACAAGAGAGAGAGCUCCUCAUCCGAGCAUAUCGUAAGGAGACAGGAGAGGACUGGGUGGAACCAGAAGCUUCAGGGACAAACCAGGAUGAGCAGGCAGCGGUGAAGCCGGGAACAAUGUGGGAGUUCCGAUGGAUAGACGGACGCGAUGGAAACGGCAGUCAAGGGCCAUAUGACGGGGCCACAAUGAAGGCGUGGAAGGAUGCUGGGUACUUCCCAGAGGGAGCGGUCGAGUUCCGAGCGGUUGAGGAGGGCCGCGAGUGGUCUUUACAUGUCGAUGCUUUUGAGUGA